CGAGUUCCCGCCUCCUCCUCCUCCUCCUGUGACUCCCCGCGCGCGCGCACCUGCCCAGCCUCACGAAGGGUGGCAGGUGGUGGGCAGGCAAGCCAGCCAGCCAGCCAGCGAGCGGGGCAGCGCAGCCCUCGUGGAACUCGCGGAGUAUGUGAGCUUCUUCCCCCUGCGAACCCGCGCAGCGCCUGCUCUGCUUCCCGCCGCCAUGGGGCUCCACUUGCUGCUGCUGCUGCUGGGGCUGCUGUUCUCCCGAACCGGAAGCCUCCUUGAACAGCCAAACAACUGCAUAGCUGCUGAGACCCUUUGUGUAGCUGACCCUGAAUGCAAUGCCACUUAUCGGAUACUGGAAAACUGUUCCAAGAACAAAGUCUUCCUUUUGGAUCAUCAAGCCAGAAGGAGAUGCCUAAAGGCAGAAGCAGUUAUUAAAAACACUUUUUUUCAAGAAUGCAAAUGUCACCGGCACACACGAAAGCAGGAGGAGCAGUGUCUGCGUAUCUACUGGACUGUCCACCCCUCCUUAACACCGGGUGAUUUUCGUUUGGAGGUGUCUCCAUAUGAAGGUGUACCAAACGAAGAACUCUCAAAGACCAAGUACAAGAAGCUGACAACGCAGAUUUCAGGCUCACAUAUAGCUGGAGACAGCUCAAAUCCCUGCCUGCAAGUCACUCAUGUUUGCAACCAGGACCCAAAGUGUGUGCGACUGCGCACACUGUAUGCCUCUAUCUGCAGUACAGGGCACACCUGUCAUCAACACAAAUGCCACCGAGGACUGAGGCGCUUCUUUGAGAGGGUCAAUAUGAACCUCACCAAGAUGCUGCUCUUCUGUCCCUGUCAAGAUGAGCUUUGUGGAGAGCGACGUCGGAACACCAUUGUCCCCGAGUGCUCUUUUCAGAGCAGCAUAAAACCAAACUGCCUCCUCCUGUUGGAUUCCUGCCUGAAGGACAACAUCUGCAAAUCCCGGCUGGCUGAUUUCCAAGACGAUUGCAAGCCUUCCUCUGAUAGCUGCUCUCAGUCCCAACAAGCUGUAUGUCUGGAGGCUUACAUGAGGAUGGUUGGUACUGUCAUGACCCCCAAUUACAUCAGCAAUUCCAGUGUUGAUGUCACACUGUGGUGCUCCUGCGAGAACAGUGGCAAUCAGAAGGAGGACUGUGACCAAAUCCUCAGCUCAUUUGACAGCAACAGAUGCCUCCGAAGUGCCAUUCAGUCUCAGAUGAGUCUAAACCAGGUGAAUGCAGAAUAUCAGGCGGAGCUGCAGUUCACACCUUUCCUAAACAUUCAGGGAGAUGGCACCAGCACUGUUCUCACUGCAGAAAUGGUUCGGGGACAUGAGAAGAUGCCUCCAGAAAUUUCUAUGUACAACAGAAAUACAGAUUCUAAUUCUGUAAAUUCUGGAGUUCAGCUUUCCAUACUCACUUUGACCUUGACGCUGCUUCUUCCAUUACUUGGUCCACUUUAGUCUAAUUGCUCCUGUGUAAUUUCCCAUUCAGAGAAGGGAAACUGGACACUUUCGUCACAUCAAAGAGGAAGCACUGGUCACUGCAAGCCUCGUCCCAACGUGCACCCUGGUGCCAGGACUCUGCCACUUCACUCGCUCUUCUAUGCAACCUAGAUAAGGAGGGUGCUGGUUCUCUUUCCAGUGCUGCCAAGGAAAAAAGGGCAGGCAGAUGGGAGAUCUUGGGAAACUGUUUUAAAAAACUGAAAUAGAGUAAAUGUUUUUAAUGUGUUCCAAGACUGUUUUGUUUUUUAUUAAGGAGGAAGGAGAAGAAUCCAGCAUGUCUCUAGUCUAGCAAGUGAAAUACUGUUUCUGGCUUCAGGAUUGCCUGAAAAUUUGGAUCUACCCUUUGAUGGCUUUCAGGACCAUGUUGUAUAUUUGUCCAGCUCUUAAAACAAACAAAACACAGCUGUUCUGAAUUUCAGGAUAGUGGUACUGAAUUGUAGCCUCUGCACUUGGUCCUUGCUGCCCAACCUGUUUUCAUCUGUUACUACUAGUAAGAAAUUUAACCUUUCUGAGACCUAGGCUGGGUUUCUGUAUUCUUCCCAGCAAUAUAAUCUUCCUUGUCCAGUAUUGUAUGAACACUCCAGAAUACCAUAGGAAUCAGCAUGUAGGCUUAUUGAAGUUUCAACCACCACAGAUCCCUGGCACACCAAGUUCUGUAUAUAUUGCCUUGAGGUAGAGAGCAAAGACCUUGACCAUCUGAGAUGUCCUAACAUCCCUCCAUAUGUCUUACCUUGUGGCGCCAGACCUUUUAUCCAUGGUGGUCUAAUAAUUAUGGAUGUAAAAACUUGUGUGAUGUUAACUGCUGUUCUUUUGUUCUGCAGUGGUAUAUUAAAUUCUAAGUACAGAUUCACAGUUCACACCCCUUGCAUAGCACCACCACCUUGUUAUAUGGCCUAAAUUUUUGAAAGAUAUGGAAAGCUAAUGCUAGCAGCUCUUCCUCCUGCAGAGGUUUGGCUGUGGAUAAUGCAGUCAGUAAUCUCAUUUCUGCCAAAGGAAAAAAAAAUUGGGUAUAAUGUUGUGGUUCUCAAAAUUGACAGUCCUAUGUGCAAGGACUAGGCCAUAGCCCUUCUUUGUGUGAACUAUUUUGGCUCUACUCCACCACAUUUAGUAGUGGCAGUAAGGCUUCCAGCAUGCGUUGUACUUUUCCCUUUGGGGCGUGGGUUUCUUCUUAUUCUGGCCAAGUGAAAGGGGUACAUGUACUGCCUAAAAUUCUACCGAAUUUCUAUGUGCACUUACUUCACUAUCAGGUAUGAUUUGCAUAACUUGUUAAUCCAUUCUGCAGCAUAAAUUAGUUUGCUGUUUUUUCAUCUUCCUAAUGAAGGCACUUAUAAGAGGAUUUGCUUCCAUCCUUUUGUGUGUAGCUGUCAUGACUGCAUAGAUAAUUUAGGAGGUAUUGUUUCUUUUCAAAAAUGAAGGCAGGGAAUCUAAAAAGCGGUAUAGAAAAAUCUCAUGGAUUUUUUCAUGUUUGUUUUGGCAAUAAUUCAUUUUUAUUGGUCCAGAAUAUAGUUUGGCUCAGGCAUUUGAAAUGUUGUGGGAAAUUAAAUUUGAAAUCUUGUUUUCAGGCCUUGGAACAAGGCUAGAGCAUAACAGGCUGAGAGCUUUUUCCGUGCAGGAAACAAUCUACAAUGCUUCCCUAGGGUAGGCAAGUCCUGAAUGGAAAGUCAUAGAAAGAUCUGGAGUUGAAAAUCUUCUGUACAAUUGCAUUGUUAUUUAUUUUGCAUUUUAUUUUAUUUCACAGCACUGUAGUCAUGAUAAUUCAGCAAUGGCAGCAGUUAAGAUGGGUGAAACUUGUAGAAGUCUGAGGGCAUGGUGCAUACAUCCAUGGCAGGUGUGGCAGCCAUUUGCAGAGGAAUCGCUCUCAACAAAGCCUUGUUCUCUCCAUACAGUGCACUUGUGUUCAUGCAGACAGCAUAGGGCAGUAAGGGUGAAUCAGUAGUGACCUAUCCCCAUCACACCCUCUCUCCUCAAUAAAACAUUACGCAUCCUCCCGAGAAUGAAUAACAUGCACUGAGUGGUAGGUAAAGGUUGGAUGGAGAUAGAGAAGGCAUAUACAGAUCUUUCAUUUGCUCUGAUGAUUUUGUGUAUGUGUGGUAGGGGUGGGGGCUCUGUAUGUAGAUAGAGGGCUCUGUUGAGCCCUAUCCACCCAUCUGUGGGUGCUGCAUCCCCAGUGGACUGAAUCAUGUCUCAGUGUCUUUAGUACAUGCUAUGGUGAGUUGCAUUCCCAGUAUUUGUAGCUGAAGUGACACAGUUUCACGUGUGACUUCAGUGUGGCAUUGUUAACAGUUUUACAUGGUCAUAACAUUUAUAUUUAUUCUAUAUUGAGUAUGUCAGGAACUUUCAUGCUCUGUUAAAAAGGGGAACUUCAGUACAACAGAAAUCCCUUAAAUGUCAUCAGGUGUCUUCAACUUACAAUUUAGAAAGCUUUGCAAACACAGAAAGUGGGAGCUUUAAAAGAGUUGAUGUAAUGUACGUUCCAAUAUUUUACAAAUGUGGCUCAGACCAUAAUAUCCAUAAUAAAGUUUAUCUUACAAUUC